UUAUCAGCAUCAGCACCCGCGCCUGUCCCAGCCUUCCUCCAGCGCCUGGUGAGGAGCAAAAGUCCCACGGCUCAGCAGCCGGGAGAGUUUGGUGGUGACCCGUGGCCGGGUGCUGAGCUCCUGCCUCCUUCCCAGCACGGAGGUGGUGGCAUCGCUCGCUUGGUGAAGCCCAAGGGGACAGAGAGGGAAGCCGACUCAGCAAGGCCUGUGCCGGUGGGUUCUUGAGGAGGAAGCAGGUGGCAGAAGGUUGCAGGUGCUCCGGCUGCUGGCCCAGCACUGCACGAAGAUGGGGUGCCUGCCAGUGCCAGCCAGCUGGCCCCUGAAGAGAUGGCUCGGGCUCGGGCUCAUCGUGCUCUAUUGCAUUACUUUGGGCUGUGCACAGGAGAAGAAAGUGGCCAAAAGCAAAGUAGGAGAAAAAGUCGGCCUGCCUUGUUGUUACAAAAUUCCCAGCUCAGAGAGCCUGCAAAACUACCGUGUGUAUUGGCAGAUGAACGUUACGGAUGUGGUGCUGGCCUACUCAGGGGGGCAAAAGAUCCUUGAGCACCCACGCUAUGUCAACCGGACAAAGUUGGACUUUGAGAACCUCACCCUGUGGAUCUCUGGUGUGGAAAUCCUGGACAGCGGCCCUUACCAAUGUAUUGUUCAGAGUCUCCAGUCUUCACCGGACAAACCUGGAUCUCAUCUUUUGUGCGGAGAGCCCGUGACCCUCUUUGUUACUGCUGACUUCAGCAAGCCGAACGUAGAAAGAGAAGUAACAGCUAGUUCAUGUGAAUCAACAGAAAUGGUGGUAAGAUGUUCUUCUCAUGGAGGCUUCCCCAAACCCAAAAUCUACGGAGUCCUCAACAACAUGUCUGCGGUGUUGAAUACCACCUGGGAGUCUGAGUCCAGCCUCAGCCCAUACAACGUCACUGGCACGCUGUGGCUCAACGUGUCCAAAGAUAUCAACUUCACUUGUUUCAUUGAAUAUGAUGGUUUACUCACAUCCACCAGCUUGCUUCUAGCAAAAGCCAACGACUGCGUUGUCUCUACUGCACUUCCAUCCUAUAAUGUCAUUACUGCUUCAAGUAUCAUCAUUAUCACCUUCCUUUUGGCUGUCAGCCUAGCAGCAAAAUACCUCCCAAGGCACGCCUGUUCCCACUGUUCUAAGAAUCAAGCUUCAACAGAAGAUGUGAAAGAAAUUAUGAACUCUCCCCACAGCUGUAAAGUGACAUGUGAAAUGUCAUCCCUAUGACCAGAUCACUUUUGCAGGUUUCCUAUCCUGUGUAUCCUGCACUGCAGUCCCCACUGUUCUCUACAGCAAUGCUUAUUGGCGUUGACCCUUAGGCUCUCUGAAAGGGGAUGAGAGCAGUAGAAAGAUCUUCUCAAGAAGACUGACAACAUAAUCUUGUGUGAAUGAAUACAAAUACCCGCCUAUGCCACAGAAGCUACGAGGUGGUCUUGUUACAAAGGGUUCGCUGGAAUUCCAACUGGGAGGACCCUCUGUGUUUCUACAGCAGGUUAGAAGAACACCUUCAGCGUUGUGCUCCUCCAGCAUGCCAGCUUGAGUGCUCGGGAUACUCUGAUGUUGCCUCUACAGGAAUCGGGGGCCCUGCAGAGACCUGGCAGGUAGCCCAUGUCCACCCACCCCUCUAGCAACGCACAACUGCCCCCAGACCCCAACAUUUGUGGAGGCCAUGCCUCCAUGGUGCAACUUGAAGCAGCCAAAACUACUUUCGCAUUCAGCCUCAUACCGGUAUCUGCCAGCGCUGUUCAGUGUGGGCCAAGUUUGGCUUGAUGGUUAGAUAGGUGAUGUGAUAUCUCUUCUCUCCUAAAGAGGCAGCAAUGCACACACUUCCAGGAAAAAGUGCCUCGAGGUGGGAAUAAUACACACCUCCUGCUUGUUUUCACUGAGACUUUGUAGGGAAUGAUACAUACUGACAGCGUACCCAACAGCAAAUACUGCUUAUGUACAGCAGUGGCAGAAGUUCUCAUAACAUUUUCUCUCUUGAAAGGAUGGCCUUGUCAACCUAGCUCCUCCAUUGCACUGCUCAGACACGGGGCAUACCUCACACAGACCGCCCUGCUAAUUGUGGUGGUGCUUGUGAACACGUGGGUGUGUGUGCAUGUGCAUGCACACACAAACUCAAGCUUUAUGUGCGUUUCUUUCCUACUCACGCUUGUCAUAAAGCCCAAUUUAAAUUUCUGUAACAACAAGCGGUUAACUUACGUGUACCAACAGUAGUGAAAUUUAAGUCAGGGCCUUGCUUCCUAAAUCUGCUUUUGUUUGUACGUUAGCCUAGGAAUACUUGUUAGUGCAGGUUCUCCAUUUUUGGGGAGAGUCUCUCAUGGUGACACAGGGAUUCAUUUUGCUUUGAAUGCUGCUGCCUUCUGUCAGCAUUCUCUCUUCUCAGCCAGGAUGCUAGCACUGGAUAGGACUCAUCUAACUUAGGUGAUUAUUCUUGCCUACUGUGUAGGAAAACACGGUUUCUCGUUUUGAGGGGAAAAGAGUGGAAAAAAAUCCCAAGCACAACCAAGUUUCCUAAGCAGCUAUGCAUACCAACUUAACCCUGCCUUGAAUAUAGUGGCCUUGUUCAGUUUUUCCUUUUAGUUCUGUCCUACUGCAAGCUGUACCCGUUACCUUAUUGCUUCAUCCAGUACAUAGUUAGCAGGGUAGGCCAAAAUCUGAAAGUAUCACACCACCAUCUUUGUGGGGUAUUUUGCUGCUUGAGCUGUUUAUCUUGCUAGGACACAACACAGAAAUGUUUUCUAGCAGGUAUGUAUUGGAAGAAAAAAUGCUGGAGGGAACAGAAGCGCUAAAAGCAGUUUACAGAGCAUUGAGCAAUGAGAGUCUAAGGGAUUAGAGCAAGUCAGUAGUGAAAAAUAAGACACUGCUUUCUUUCUACUUCUGCUGAAACCUGCUGCCCCAUCAGCAUUUUUACCACUAUCCCUUUUUAUGAGACGAAAUGGGAACUUCAGAACAUUCCUACUGAGGGGUCAAAAACAGAGAAAAGGAGACAAAACUUGCCACCAAGCCCUCAGCGGGUGACAAGGAGCCAAAGUUAUCUGCACAUGUUCAUUCUGGUUGCAAGUGGGACAAAGCUGGCAUAGGAAGUAGUACUACUAAAAGGCAACCUGACCUUGUUACAGGAAGGGCUGCCAGUGAAAUGUAGUCUCAUAGCAUUCAUGUUACCUUUUCCUUCAGUCUGCAUGUGCUUAUUCUAGAACAAGCAGCUUCUUGCAGGCUGAACACACUCUUUUUCACUGGAAUCAUUUCCUAUGUUUUCACUUUGCCAACCACACUGUAGCUCUGGCAGCUGCACCUGAAUUCAGAGGCUUCCCCAUGCUCUACUUCUGCUCCCAGCUGAUGACUGAUUGCACAGCACUCUGCAGAAGGGUUUGUCUUUUGCACGGUGCCAAACCUUUCUGUGUCACGCCAGACUCCCACAACACUUUAAGUAACUCCUUAGAAAGGAAACCAAAACCUCCACUGACAAAUAUACCUAGCAUCAGUUUGCUCUUAUACUCAACAGGCAGGCUGCUUGGUUUAUUUUCUUUCUUAAGCACUUAUAUUAUGAAUCAUGUUUUCAAUUGCUUUAUGCUGUAUUCGUUGAAUUGCACACAAAUGGUUUCCAUGAGACCUUUUCAGCUUAAUAUCUGGGUCUUUCUACCAGGUGAGCUGCUGUUUAUUGCAGGUAUUUUGUAUAUAACAUGUGCUGGGGUUUCUCCUUUAAUUGUAUUAAAAGUUAUGUUGUACAAUC